CUCUGCUGCCAGGCACCAGGAGCGCAGUGCUCAACACAGAAGCACGCACAGUAGAGGCGGAUGUCCUGAGCCGCCGCUGCGUCAUGAUGCGGCUGGGGGGUUUCUCCUACGAGCAGUACCAGAAGGCUCUCCGCCAGUCAGCUGGGGCUGUGGUCAUCAUCUUGCCACGAUCUAUCUCUUCUGUUCCACAGGAUGUUCAAUUCAUGGAGAUAGAGCCAGAAAUGCUUGCUAUGGAAACCAUUGUGCCAGUCUACUUUGCAGUGGAAGAUGAAGAGCUGCUGUCUAUCUAUGAACAAACACGGGCUGCUUCUGCAUCACAGGGUUCUGCCUCAGCUGCAGAAGUUCUGCUGCACACAGCAACUGCCAAUGGCUUCCAGAUGGUGACCAGUGGGGCCCAAAGCAAAGCUAUCAAUGACUGGCUUAUACCCAGUGUGGAGGGAAGGCUAACAGGCCUGGGUGGAGAAGACCUGCCCACAGUUGUGAUAGUUGCCCACUAUGAUUCUUUUGGAGUGGCUCCAUGGCUGUCACACGGUGCUGACUCCAAUGGCAGUGGUACCUCAGUGCUUCUGGAACUGGCCAGGCUGUUUUCCCGGCUCUACACCUACAGACGUACCCAUGCUGGGUAUAACUUGCUGUUCUUUGCAUCUGGAGGUGGCAAGUUUAAUUAUCAAGGAACUAAGCGGUGGCUGGAAGACAAUUUGGACCACACUGAUUCCAGCCUGCUGCAGGACAACGUAGCAUUUGUUCUCUGCCUCGAUACUCUGGGCAGAGGCAAUAGCCUUCAUCUCCAUGUCUCAAAGCCUCCCAAGGAGGGGACCUUGCAGCAUGCAUUUCUGAGAGAACUGGAGAUGGUUGUUGCCAGCCAGUUUCCAGAGGUGAAGUUUUCCAUGGUGCACAAGAAGAUUAACUUGGCUGAGGACAUGCUGGCAUGGGAGCACGAGCGGUUUGCGAUCCGACGCUUGCCAGCAUUCACCAUCUCCCACCUGGAGAGCCACCGUGACAGCCUCCGCAACAGCAUCAUGGACAGGAGGGCACGGAUAGACACUAAAGCACUGAUCAGGAAUACUAGGAUCAUUGCUGAAGCUUUGACAAGGGUCAUCUACAAUUUAACAGACAAGGGAGCACCUGCAGAUAUGCAGAUCUUCACAGAUCAGAUGCAGAUCCAACAGGAGCAACUGGAGUCAGUGAUGGACUGGCUGAGCAGUCAACCCAGGGCUGCCCAGCUGAUUGAUAAAGACAGCACCUUCCUCAACACCUUAGAAUAUUAUAUGGGACGCUACCUGAAGGAUGUCAAGCAGCAUCAUGUAAAGGCAGACAAACGGGAUCCUGAGUUUGUUUUCUAUGACCAGCUGAAACAGGUGAUGAAUGCAUACAGGGUCAAGCCAGCAAUCUUUGACCUGCUUCUAGCUGUCUGUAUUGCAGCCUACUUGGGCGUUGCCUAUGUUGCAGUGCAGCACUUUGGUCUCCUUUACAAGAUGAUACAGAGAUUAUCCCUUAAAACCAAGCAGCAGUGAAGCAACAAGUCAUCACCCACCCAGCAGCACUGAGCCAUCGGUGAGCCCAUCGGAAACCUUCUGCCUUCCAUUGAACCCUGCUAUUUCUCUUCCUCUUUGCUACUGUACAGAGGGGAGGAAGGCAUAAAGAAAAUGAAAUUUUAACUCUUGCGCACCUUUUAAGUGCUUUUCUUCUUCACCUUCUUCCCCUGACUUGCACCGUGUCUGUUUUCCUUUGCAUUUUGGUGAGAGAGAGGCUCAGAGACUCCACCAAUUCCUGCAGUCUUAUUCUGGGCAGCUUCUAUGAGUGUAAAACAAAGUCCAGCACCUUCAUGGACAUGUGUCAUACAGCCAACUUGGAAACCGAAACUACAGAGUGACGUGUUAUCUCUGCCCAGCAGACAAGGACUCGGAGCAGUUGUUUAAAAUUAAAGUGAAUGCAAUUAGCAUGUUUCCUUAUGGUACCUCUUCCUUAAAUUCACUGCCUGGCUUUAGUGAGGUGUGCUGAGCAAGCAAGCAAGCACCUUUUUGCAUUUUGUUUAGACUGCAGUAACUCAUGCCCUUUUAGGAGGUGCACUGUGAGUGAUCCUGACUGUUAUUGCCAGGACAAGGAAAGAUUGCUGAGAUGAGUUUCUGGUAUUAGGGUUCUUGCCAGGACAGGUUCUCUCCCAUCUGUGUUGGAGGAUGCAUUUUGCUGUGUACUUGGUUACUCUGGAAGUUUAUGGUCUUUGGACAGUUCACGGCUGCCAGCACUCUGUGCUAAAAUCUUGCUUGAUCUUUGGGGGGUGUUCUGUUGUCCCAGCUGCUGCAGGAUUGUGUUCUGCGCUGUUCCAUGUACUUAAACAAGCUGGUUGCAUCAAUAACAAGAGCAAGAGCAGCCCAGACCUGGAAAAUGUAUCAAGAUACUGACUACAGGUCCUAGACUAGUUGUAGUUCUAGAAGAUAACCUGAUGGAGUAUUGUUCCUGCCACCCUGCAAGGUUUGAGUCCUUCCUCUGAUCUGUCCUAUGUACAUGACGUCUUUUCACAAGCCACAGUGGAUACCUUUUUUUUUUUUAUUCUUCACACUACUACUUAUAAUUAAAAUAGUGUAUUUUA